AUGGAAUUAUAUGCUGCUGUGCGCUCAAAAAUUGAAUACUUAGAACCAUUUGUAAUAUCUGAAUGUAUUAAUGAUUGGAAGGCUAUGGGAUGGACAUAUCAACGAUUGGCGGAAAUUGUAAAACCUACCGAAAAUAACGGAUCUUUGAGAAUACGAUUAGGACCGAAGGAGCACUUAAGAGGAAAAAUUAUAUUCGAAAAUGAAUCAAAAAUGGCAUACAUCUCCAGUUUGGAACACUUCUUUAAAUGGUUCAGUGGUGAAGCGACAAUGAUGGCAAAUGAUCAGAGGAUAAUAGAUAGAGGAAAUCAUUGGGGAUAUUUCGAUUAUAAUUAUGUCUUUGAUAUUAUGAAUCCCGAAAACAUUGCUGAUAUCGAUUGGCGACAUCUUGGUUUGGAUGCUGAUCCCGUUGAUUCAACCAUUUGGAUUGGAACACCAGGAGCAUAUACACCGUGUCAUUAUGAUUCAUAUGGUUAUAAUGUGCAUGCGCAACUUUCUGGAUCAAAACGAUGGAUUCUGUUUGAGCCAAACGAAAAUAUGAAGCCGAUUCGAAUUCCAUACGAAGAAUCAACUGUUUUCAGUAGUUUGGAUGUGGUUGGUGCUGAUAAUUCAUUGCAAGGUAAAAAGAUAAGAAUGGUUACCUUAAGAAAGGGUGAUGUGAUAUUUGUCCCUCCUGGAUGGUGGCAUUGUGUUCAAUGCGUUAGUGUUAAUAAUAAUGAAAAUGAUUUGAAUAAUAUCAGUGUUUCGGUAAAUACAUGGAUAUCACUCGUUGACUACGACCGAAUUUCUCGUUUACAAGAAGCUGCUGCAUCUACUAUGGUAGCUAUUCUUAUUCGGUCCGGUUUAAUAACUUCGAAGCAAAUUUGUUUGUCAGAAUCAAUGACAUGCUAUGAUGAUGCAUUGUGUGAUUUUGAGAAAUUAUUGAACGAAGCAAAAAAUGAGAUGACAACUGAUGGAAGUUUACAUCGUUUGAUGGAUUUUAUAGAAAAGCAGAAGAAAAAUAUGACAGUUUUACCCACUGUUUUGUUCGCUGAUUUCCGUGCUGAAAUAGAAAAAGGGCCUUUGAAAAUUGUAGAUUCAUCAGUUGAUCCGAUGUAUUGUACCAAUUUGACUACUUCAUCAUCAAGUAUUACCACGUUUCAAAAACGUUUCAUCGAUUCUCUGCUAUCGGAAAAAGUUCUGACAACACUAAUAAUGCAACUGCAAGAAUGGACUUAA